CAGCAGUGCACUGUACUUUCAAAACUCGUGCGUAUAACCACACAGGAAAGCAGGAUUUGGAACAACACCACUGUUAUUGGACCAUUUCUAAGUAUAUGUGUUCGGGAUAAUCCAGCACGAUGCUUUUAAUUAAUGCCAUUCUGAUCUUAUGGAUUUCCACUGUUGGGGGGCAAGGGCCUUUCCAUUGCAAUUUUCCAAAAAUAAACCACGGAAUUAUAUAUGGGAGAGAGGACUCUGAGGCGUUUUCCCCAGUUCCUGUUGGGACAAUUUAUUACUAUUCUUGUGAAUAUAAUUUUGCAUCUCCUUCUCGAUCCUUUUGGACUCGCAUAAUGUGCACAGAGGAAGGAUGGUCACCGACACCCAAGUGUCUUAGACUGUGUUUCUUUCCUUCUGUGGAAAAUGGUUAUUCUGCAUCUUCAGGACAAACACACCUGGAAGGUGACAUUGUACAAAUUAUCUGUGAUGUUGGCUACAGCCUUCCUUAUAAUGAUGAUACCAUUACAUGUUUGGAGAAUGGUUGGUCUCCUCCUCCCAAAUGCAACUCCACCAAUGUAGAAUGUCUUCUUCCAGUUUUAGAAGCAAAUGUAGGUGUUUAUCCAAGAAGAGUAAGAUACAAAACUGGAGAAGUGUUGCAAUUUUCCUGUGAACAAGGACUUACAGGAGUUGGACCAGCCUCAGUUCAAUGCUAUUACUUUGGAUGGUCACCUAGUUUUCCAACAUGCAAAGGGCAAGUACAGUCAUGUGGUCCACCUCCUCAACUCCUCAAUGGCAAAAUAAAGGAGGCAAGGAAAGAAGAAUACGGACACCGUGAAAUGGUGGAAUAUGAUUGCGAUCCCUAUUUCCUAAUGACGGGGCCUAAGACAAUACAGUGCAUGGAUGGACAAUGGACAGAUUUGCCCACUUGCACUGGACAAGCUAAAACAUGUGACUACAUACCUCACUUUGAGAAUGGCUAUGCCCAGUUCUCUAUCCCUCCCUUUCGACAUGGUGUUUCCAUGAAGCUGAAUUGCAGAAAAACAUAUACAAUGAUUGGGAAUAAUGUAAUUACCUGUAUUGAUGGAAUGUGGACUGAACUUCCUACGUGUGUUGCAACUGACCAACUUAAGAGUUGCAGGAGGCCAGUGUUUUCUGCAAGAAUACUGAUGUAUCCACAUAGGAAUAAAUUUAAUCACAGUACCAGAGUAAUUUACAGAUGUUUGGGGAAGCCUGGAUACAAGCAAACAGUCUGCAUAAAUGGCCAAUGGCAUCCUGAACUACACUGCAAAAGAGACAUGGAACAACUCUGCCCACCUCCACCUCAGAUACCCAAUGCUCAGAAUAUGCUAACCACAGUGAAUUAUCAGGAUAAAGAAAAAGUAGCUAUUCUCUGCAAAGAAAAUUAUCUACUUCACGGACCAAGAGAUAUAGUGUGUAAAAAUGGACAAUGGCAGUCAUUACCACGCUGUAUUGAGUCUACACAAUAUUGUGGUCCCCCUCCACCUGUUAGCAAUGGAGACAUCACCUCAUUCCCAUUAUCAGUAUAUCCUCCAGGAUCAAGAGUCCAGUACCGUUGCCAGUCUUUCUAUGAACUUCGGGGCUCCACAGAUAUAAUAUGCAUAAAUGGACAGUGGUCAGAACCACCAAAAUGCAUAGAUGCAUGUAUAAUAUAUGAAGGUAACAUGAACAAAAAUAACAUACAGUUAAGAGGAAAAAACAUCAGAAACCUUUAUGUGAAAACGGGGGAUUUUGUUGAAUUUGACUGUAAACAGCCAUAUAAAGCAAAGACAUCAAUGCAGUCAUUUCGGGCACUCUGUCAGGAAGGGAAAAUCGAAUAUCCCAUGUGUGGAUGAAAUGAGCAUAGUUUCCCUGAAUAUAAUUUUAAAAGUAACCCUACAUGUAUAAGUAUGCAUUAUGUAAUCAAUUCUAUAGUUUAUUUUCUUUAUUCUUUCAAGUGUUGUUUACCUCAGUUUUAUUUUGAACUCUGGAUUUACAGAGGUUCACAAGUUUAUGAGCUGAGAGCAGGGCUUUACUUAUUAGGUGGAUCACAUUACACCUGGGCAAAUCAAAGUACUGGGUUUCCUAUACAUAUAGUACCCACGGAAAGUGAGCCUGUACCUCAAUUCAGUACUUAAUUCCAUCUAACCUCUUCCAAUUGUCUAAAAUUUAUAAGAUAAUUUUAAGGCUUUCUAAGUCAACUUUACUUCCUCUUAAAUAAAGUUGUUAUGGCAAUAUCUAUCACAUCAUAAAAAUACAAAAACUAUCACCUCUUAUGCUUGUAGCAAGCAUUAAUAUUAAUAAGUCCUCUAGUAUGAGCCUAAUUAUUCAUCAAAUACUAAAUAAUCCUUAAAGGCACAAAUACACCAUCUUCCAGAAAUGAAUAGAAGACUAAAAUAUUUAUAAAUCCUAGUGCAGAACUUCUAAUAUAGUCAAGAGGUGGUAUAAACAAAGAUAACUAUAAUUAUAAAUAAAAAUUAUGAGGUUACAAUAUUUACAAUUAUGAGGAUUAUCGAGAUAUGUAUAAAUAAAGAAGAUUGAGGGGAAACACAAAGUAUAACUGUAAUAAUUUAUGUGGUUUGAGGUUAAUAGGUUUAAGAAAUUAGAAUACUUAUAAAUUUUUAUAUUUCCUAUAUUUUAUAACUUCUCAUUUUGAAUUAUAUUACUUUUACAGUUAGAUAAGAGUUAUCAAGAACUGUGAUUAGACACCAAGAAAGUAGAAGAUGAGAAUGUAAAGACCCUGUAAGGUCAUGAGACUUAUUUCAGGCAAAAACUCCAUUAUUUUUUGAUGUACCAUAGUUCAGGGAAAUACUGAACAGGAACUUUUAGAAAUAUGCUCUGUGUGUUCCUGUAUUUUAGCCAGCAUUUCAUAGUUUUAAAAAAAACACAGAAAAGACCUGCUGGCCAAAAAAUAUUUUAAGUAUUUAUGAAAAUGCUGACAACAAAUGCAAGUAAAAAUUAAGGCUGGUGGAUAUAGCAAUAGAAUCUGCAAUAUGACAUUAAAACAUAAGCAAGUAAGAAAAAAUAGAUAAAUUGGACUUCAUCAAGAUUAAAAACUUUUCUGCUUCAAAUGACAUGAAUAAGAAAAUGAAAGCACGGCAGAUAUAAUGGAAGAAAAUAGUUGCAAAUUAUGUAUCCGAAAAGGGACUCAUAUCUAGAAUUAAAGAACUCUUACAACUCAAAAUAGAAAGAUAACCCAAUUUUAAAAUGAGCAAAAUAUGUAAACAGACAUUUCUGCAAAAAAAAAAAAAAGAUGUAUGAAUGGCUAAUAAGCAUAUGAAAAGAUAGUUAACAUCUUGAAUCAUUAAGCAAAAGCAAUUAAAAAUCAACAUGAGAUACUACAUCCCACCCACUAGGAUGGCUACAAUCAGUCAGAUAGUAACAAGUAUUGUUAAGAAUAUGGACAAAUUGGAACCCAUAUACACUGCUGAUGGGACUGUAAAGGGGCACACCCAAUUUGGAAAACAAUCUGGAAGUUCUUUGAAAGGUUAAACAUAGAGUUAUCAUAGACUCAGUAAUCUACUCCUAGAUAUAUACACCAAAAGAAAUAAAAACAUAUGUUCAUGCAAGCAUUGUACAUGAAUGCUCAUAGCAUAAUUAUUAUAACAACCAAAAGUAGAAACAACCCAGAUGCUUAUCAACAUACCCAAAACAUAGAUCUUAUAUAUAAUAUUAUUUGGUUACAACAAAGGAAUAAAAUACUACUACAUGCCACAACAUGGAUGAACCUCAGAAACUUUAUGUUAAGUGAGAAAAGCCAGUCAAAAAAGAUUACAUAUUAUGUGAUCCUAUUUAUUGGAUAUGUUCAGAAUAGACAAAUAUAUAGGGACAGAAGGUAGAUUUAGUGGAUGCUUAGGGCUGAAGUAGGGAGGCAGAGGCUGGUAGCUAACAGUGAUAAAUGUCCUCAAAUUGAUUGUGGUGAUAAUUGUAGAACUCUGUGAUUUUACCAAAAAAUAUUACAUGCACAAUACAUUUUAAACAAGUGAA